ACAAUUGUUCUCACUUCCUCACUUUCUGCAAGGCGCUCAGAGCCCUGGCCUAGAACAGAGUAGAUCACGUCGAAAUUUGCAAUCGAUUCAUCAUGCCCGGCGCAACAAACAGACUUGUGACGCCAUGGGCUUUCACCAGCACCUCCCACGAGUCCUUCAACCAGCUGGCCGCGGACGAGUUUCCGCGCCGUGUUUCCCUUGCGUCCCUCCGGAGGCUCACAUACCGCGGGAACGGCCUCGCACUAUACACCCGCCGCUAUGGCCAAGGCGGUUGUUACCGUUACAGCCUUCUCGAUUCCCUUUCGCGCGGCACAGAGCUCCUAGAGAGCGCCAUCUUAGACUCUACCAAUACCAUGGAGCACACGACUUUAGGACAACUCGACGACUACGCGUCGCCGUUGCGGCUUCUGAACGUGGGCAUCUUGUAUGAAUCUCUAGUAUCGCUAGCUCUAAAGGCCGUCUUCGUCGCCUCAAACUAUCUUGCACUGGUCAUACGAGGGCACAAACCGCUGCGACAGGUUACCCUGAAUGGUGUGCUACUAGCUGUCAGCCUUCAGAAUCAUAGAAGAGAACCAGGAACACGUCUGAUAAUGAAGGAGUUGCGAGAAUGUAGUACGCUACAGUACCUCUUCGUCCGUGCGCCCAUUCAACUCAAUCGCCCUAUCCUAUUUGGAGGCCUUGGCUCUUGCAGAGAGGCAACAAUGUACCUGAGCAUGGAAACCAAGCAGCUGUCGGCGGCCCCCCGGCUCUGGGACGUUGGCAAGAUUUUCGAGUGAUACCAGAGAGGACGCGAUGAGGCAGAGGCGGCCGAACACGUUAAUGGCGAUCUUGCAGGAGACUACAACAGCGCAGCCCGUAUCCUUACUAGCACCACCCCUCUAGCUUAGCGGUUAACGAACCCCCUAAGACCGCGAUCCUUCUCUCGAUGAUCAUCAUUCAUGUGCUCUUACUAGCCCUAAACGUCGCACUCCAGCGGGAUGCCGUUUAUCCACUACACAGUACAUACGCGUGAGACAUGGUAGUAAACAUCUCCCCUCUUUCUCACUUUUCUUUUACCCUAUACGUGUCCUCUUGAUAAGACAGCCAAACAAUGCCAACCAAGAACCAUCGUAACAUCGUAACCAAAAACGAGCAAAGAUGAACAUCCCACACCAAAAAGGACCGAGGAGGAUUAUAUCCACC